AUGGCCCCAGGCGCCGAGCAAGGCCACCGGGCAGCAGGCUGGGGACUGCGUGGCGCCCUGGCAGCGGUGGCAUUGCUCUCUGUGCUCAAUGCGGCAGGAACGGUGUUCGCGCUGUGCCAGUGGCGCGGCCUGAGCGCUGCGCUGCGGGAGCUGGAGGCGCAGCGCGGCCAGGAGCAACGCGAGGACAGUGCCCUGCGUGCCUUCCUGGCGGAGUUGAGCCGCGCGCCGCGCCGUGCGCCAGCGCCACCCCCGGACCCCGCGAGCGGGGCGCGCAACAAGCGCAGCCAUCGUGGGGAGCCAGCACAGCACAUCCGCACAGAAAGCCAGGACAUGCUGAUGAUGAUGACCUACUCCAUGGUGCCGAUCCGAGUGAUGGUGGACCUGUGCAACAGCACCCAGGGCAUCUGCCUCACAGGUCCACCUGGCCCACCAGGACCUCCAGGAGUUGAUGGGUUACCAGGACACAAUGGAUCAGACGGACAGCCUGGUCCAGAGGGCCCAAAAGGAGAAAAAGGAGCAAAUGGAAAAAGAGGAAAAAUGGGGCUUCCUGGAGCUACAGGAAAUCCAGGGGAAAAGGGAGAAAAGGGAGACCCUGGCGAACUGGGCUCACCAGGAAAUGAGGGCCCACCAGGACAGAAGGGUGAAAAAGGAGACAAAGGAGAUGUGUCCAACGAUUUACUGCUGGCAGGUGCCAAAGGUGACCAAGGCCCACCUGGGCCCCCUGGACCCCCAGGCCCUCCAGGACCUCCUGGGCCUCCUGGAAGCAGAAGAUCCAAAGGCCUUCGGCAGCCAAACAUGUUCAAUGGCCAAUGUGCAGGUGAGACGUGUGCCAUACCAAACGAUGAUACCUUGGUGGGAAAAGCUGAUGAGAAAGUCAAUGAACACCAUUCCCCUCAAGCAGAUUCCAUGAUCACUGCCAUUGGAAACCCAACACAAAUAUUAAAGGUUACAGAGACAUUUGGGACUUGGAUAAGAGAGUCUGCUAAUAAGAGUGAUGACCGUAUCUGGGUGACUGAACAUUUUUCAGGCAUCAUGGUGAAGGAGUUCAAAGACUGGCCCUCCCUUCUGAAUGGCAGUUACACCUUCAUCCACCUCCCGCACUACUUCCACGGUUGUGGGCAUGCUGUUUACAACAACUCUCUCUACUACCACAAAGGGGGCUCCAACACCAUAGUGAGAUUUGAAUUUGGCAAAGAAACAUCCCAAAUUCUGAAGCUCGAAAAUGCCUUGUAUUUUGAUCGGAAAUACCUUUUUGCAAAUUCCAAGACUUACUUCAACCUAGCUGUAGAUGAAAAGGGCCUCUGGAUCAUCUAUGCCUCGAGUGUGGAUGGCUCGAGCAUUGUUGUAGCACAGCUGGACGAGAGAACCUUCUCAGUGGUGCAGCACAUCAAUACCACGUACCCCAAGUCCAAGGCCGGUAAUGCCUUCAUAGCUCAGGGAAUCCUCUACGUCACAGAUACCAAAGAUACAAGGAUCACAUUCGCCUUCGAUUUGUUAGGAGAGAAACAGAUUAAUGCAAACUUUGAUUUGAGAACUUCCCAGUCUGUUCUUGCCAUGUUAUCAUACAACAUGAGAGAUCAGCACUUAUACUCCUGGGAAGAUGGCCAUUUAAUGCUUUAUCCUGUGCAUUUUUUGUCAGCUACAUUAAAACAGUGA